ACCGCGCUGGGAGCUCGCCGGCCUCGUGUCGCUGUCGCCGUCCUCCGCUGCCCAGCCGCCUUCGGCGUGUCCCCGCCGCCUUCCGAUCCCUGCAGCCGGCCUGUGGCGCGCUCAGUCGCUUCUGGCAGUGUCCCCGCUGCGGCCUCGAGGCCAUGGCCACCAAGAUCGACAAAGAGGCUUGCCGGGAGGCGUACAACCUGGUGCGCGACGACGGCUCGUCGGUCAUCUGGGUGACUUUUAAAUACGACGGCUCCACCAUCGUCCCCGGCGAGCAGGGAGAGGAGUACGAGCACUUCGUCCAUCAGUGCACAGACGAUGUCCGGUUGUUCGCCUUUGUCCGCUUCACUACCGGGGACGCCAUGAGCAAGAGGUCCAAAUUCGCCCUCAUCACAUGGAUCGGGGAGAAUGUCAGCGGGCUGCAGCGCGCCAAAACUGGCACGGACAAGACGCUGGUGAAGGAGGUGGUACAGAAUUUCGCCAAGGAGUUUGUGAUCAGCGAUCGCAAGGAGCUGGAGGAAGACUUCAUCAAGAACGAGCUGAAGAAGGCAGGGGGAGCCAAUUAUGACGCCCAGACGGAGUAGGCCCAGCACCCCGUCCCCCCCAAAGCCUUCUGCUGCUCCACGGAGGAGGGGACCUCCGGCCCCGCUACCAGCCCACAGCCCACCAGGGAGAGAAGCAAAGAGAGGCGACGCCCCUCCUGUGUCUGCAACCUGAGUCCCCUUCCCUGCCUCCUCCUGACCCGGCUGUGUCCUGCUUCAUGACGCUCAUGAGACUCUUUCUUGGUUCCUCUAUUUCUUUUCUCACUCUUUUUCAUUCUAAAGAAAAAUCAUUUUGAUGCCACAGUCACACCUGCCAUCAGAUCUGAGGGGCCUCAUUUCUCUUGCAUUUGCUGUGGCCUGCCUGGUCUGAGCCCCUGCGGCCUGCCCUUGCUGCUAGGGCCUGGCCUGGGCACCAUCCUGGUUUUCCUUGACCACCUCCUGCUUACUGCUAAGCCAGCUGCUGUGCCAGGAGCUGUGCCAUCGGCUGCAGCCAUCAUGAGCACAUACUUUCACCCCACUAGUCAGACCAGACCUUCUAGAAUUUGAUCCAGGGCCCCGCACCCCACCUCCAUUCCAAGUUGCCUAAACUACCUGUCCUACAGAGUCAGCAUUGCCCUGUGGUGGGAAGCUUAGGUCUGGUUUGGACUGAGUAGGAAGUGGUCAAAAUUGCCUUAAAACUCACUGGCAGUGGCUUUUCUGGGUGAUCCAAAGAUAGCCUUUUGAUUUACAUCGCUGCCUAGCAUUGAGAACAGUCUGGGUCAUGGUGGGAUGGGAAGAGUAUUUCAGGGUUAACCUCAGAGACUCCCCAUUUGACAAGACUGUGGGGAGAAUGUGACUUUAGGGCCUGUGGAAACAGCAAGGCUAGCAGGGGCCAGAGGGCCUUCCCGGCCCUCUUGGGACCAGAAAGUGCGUGGCUUGAAUCCUGGGUCCGCACUGCAGUCAGAAGGAUUGCUUCGUUUUGUUUCUAAAGAAAGAUGUGAUUGGCUUGGUUCUUUGUGGGCACAUUUUGUAAAAUUCUUUUUCCUGAUUUCCUUGCUCCUUUCAUUUUGGGGAAGAAAACUGUACUGUACUGGGGUUGUAAAGCCCAUCUCUGGCACUCAAACAGUUUACAGAAAUAAAUGUUUUUUUUCAA